AUGCCUGAGAUAUACUCUGGAGCUGAGAGGGUCAUCAUAUGGCUAGGCCCUGAUAGUGCUCAUGCGCCGUCUGUGAAGCCAGCCAUGGCUCUGCUUUGCCAGCUCCUGGACCUCUUCGUUGGUUAUCAUUCGAGUUCAGACUUCGGAGGGUGGCUGAGACUGGCCACUGAGAACCCUACCUGGCGUGCUGAGUUCGUGAAAGAAGUGCGCAUCGGCAUCGGAUCAUUAGGCGUGAACGUCGACACAUGGCAGACUCUGGCCGCAACACUUCGUCGUCCGUGGUUCUAUAGAAUCUGGUGUGUGCAGGAAGCGGUCCUAGCGGGCUGUGGCCACGAGCACCCGGCCGAAACGAUCUUCGUGUGUGGCGUGUACGUUCUGCCAUGGAAGGAUAUGGUCACUCCCCUUCUGUCGAUGCACAUACGUGGACUACAUGACUACCUGCAGGGGUUUCUUUCUGAGACGCAGCACAAUCCAACACUUCACAAGCCUUUCUCAGGAGGAGUCACUACACUGCUGUUCAUGGACCAGCUCAGGAAGGAAGGCAUACAUAUCUCGCGCCCAAGUAGAUUUUAUCGCUUGUUGAGGUUGACGAGGAGCCUGGACUCGACAGAUCCACGGGACAAGGUCUUUGCGCUGUUUGGUCUGCUCAAGCCUGACAAAGCGGCCAUAGAGAAUGGAGCUCUGCGGCCUGACAACACUAAGCCAGUCAAGGUUGUCUUUGAGGAUGUUGCAAAGCACUUCAUGCUGCAUCUCCACUCAUUGAAACUUCUUGAGCUGGUUCAUGACACCGUUCGCUCUCGUACCGAGCUGACGGAAGCACUUCCUUCUUGGGUACCCAACUGGACGACCAGCUCAGACGCUCCGGUACUCGAUGACUUCGCGUACUGCGCGGGCCAUAGCCUCCAGGAGCAGGGCAUACCUUGGAGUGACGGAGAGACUGCCACGAGCGAGUUCGAAGUUUGCUGCGCUAGGAAUGCCAAGCUUAUAACUCCAAGUCUGCACCUCAUUCGACCCAUAGUGGAGGACCUUGGCAGUGGCUCAGUGGCAAUCCAGGGCCUGCUUCUUGGACCACUUAAGACUACAGUGCUGGCAGCCAACGAAUGUGUCUUCCAUAUACCACAGCUGCCCGUGGAAGCAGAUUGCAGGCUGCAAUUUCAAGCUUUGAAAUUAUGUCGGCUUUACACGGAGAUCGUCAAGCUGGUUAGAAGUCUGAAUUGUGCAUCUAGCACAACAUCGACACGGGACGAUCUUGACCAUCCACUAGCCGAACAACGGCCAGUUGACCUAGAGCUCCCCUCUUCGGCCGCACCAUAUGCUCUUGGCGGCACUAUGGUCGAAGCCUCAUGGAGAACACUCAUCGGUGACCGUACCGAGGACUAUAAACAGCCAGCUACAGAAGAAUGGCAAACCUACUUCAUUGCGUUCCACCAAGUGCAGCAAAUAGCGCAUAAAUAUGGGCCCAAACUACCGAAAGGUCUAGUAUCCAAUUCCAUGGACGCACUAGCUAGCAGAUACUUCGGACCCCUCCUACGAAUAUUGUCCGGUCGUCGCUUCGCUAUCCUGUCCUGUCAAAUACUGUGUCUGGUGCCACAGAGAGCUACUGCCGGGGAAUUUGUCUGCAUUUUCAACGGCUCGGAUAUACCUCAUGUCAUUCGACCCAGGCCACGGAUGGAGGGCGUUGAACAAAGCUAA